AUGAAACAAAUAUUAACAUUAAAUUGUGGAAUUCUUUUUCUGAACAUAUUAGUUGUAGCGUUCAGCAUUACUUCUGGGGAAGAGAUUCGCCCAGAAUUUUCAGCAGAAAAUGGAGCUUAUUACACCGACGAUGCCGUUUUUAUUACAGUAAAUACCGAGCGACUAAAGCGCGAAUCAAACAGGACUCGAGAUGGGAAACAGCUACUGUUACGACCUAGACAAGCUGACGAAACAAAUAAUGGUCCAAAUUGUGAAACAGCACUGGGUAAGAGAGGAACGUGUAAGAGUUAUCGAGAAUGUUACCCGCUUUUCAAAGUGUUUGGUUCCGAAGGAUGGAUCAUGGGUCAUUACGAUACUUGCACUUACAUAAGUAACGAGAAGGAGGUGUUUGGCGUAUGUUGUACCGAGCCGGUAGGCACGCCUCCACAGCAAGAGCCAGACGUUCAACGCCUCGGCUUGCUACGACCGUCGUUUCCGAUGCCAUUGACCAAUUUAGAAAGUUUCAUCUCGUCUGGCUUAUCACCACAAUGGUACAACAAUUUUUAUCGGCAAGUGCCGGCGCAGUGGCCGCCAGCGCUGCCGCCUUUACCAACACACCCACCGAACCAUGCCGCGCCAACUCACCCACCAUCACUGAUCGCAGGCAUAACCAGCCCAAAUCCAGUUGAAGGACCUUCACAAACGCCUCCUACGACGACUUGGGGAACAAAGCCUCCAGCCAGUACCACAAAACAGACCUGGCCUCCAGUGCUCCCAACGCAGCCAACCAAGCCUCCAUCGCAACCAGGUACAGACUCUUCGUGCGGCAUAAAGAACGGACCACAGACAUACGGCAGCGCAUACGAGUCUAAGGACGAGGAGCGCAUAGUGGGCGGCCACAACGCGGAGCUCAACGAGUGGCCGUGGAUCGUGGCGCUGUUCAACAACGGCCGCCAGUUCUGCGGCGGCUCGCUCGUGGACGCCUCGCACGUCGUGUCCGCCGCGCACUGCGUGGCGCACAUGACAUCGUGGGAUGUAGCGCGUCUAACAGCGCGGCUCGGUGACCACAAUAUCCGCACCAACUCGGAGACGCAGCACGUGGAGAGGAAGAUCAAGCGGGUGGUGCGACAUCGCAACUUCGAUAUGCGCACUUUGUACAAUGACGUCGCAGUCCUAACGCUAGACCAGCCUGUGCCCUUCUCCAAGAACAUCCGUCCCGUGUGCUUGCCGGCCGGCGGCCGCGCCUACGCCGGCCUCAUGGGCACCGUCAUUGGAUGGGGAAGCUUGCGAGAGACCGGUCCUCAGCCUUCCAUUUUACAAGAAGUGUCCAUCCCGAUUUGGACCAACGCGGAGUGCAGGCUGAAGUACGGGUCGGCGGCGCCGGGCGGCAUCGUCGACCACAUGCUCUGCGCGGGGAAAGCCAGCAUGGACUCAUGCAGUGGCGACAGCGGUGGACCGCUGAUGGUGAACGAGGGCGGGCGCUGGACGCAGGUGGGCAUCGUGUCGUGGGGCAUCGGCUGCGGCAAGGGCCAGUACCCCGGCGUCUACACCCGCGUCACCUCCUUCUUGCCUUGGAUUCAGAAAAACUCCAAA